AUGGCUGGGGGCCUCUUCGACAUGUCUCACCCGGCGAGCGCCCUCGCCGGCAUCGCAGGAAACAUCGUCUCCUUCUUCGUGUUCCUCGCGCCAAUGGCGACGUUCCUGCAGAUCUACAGGAAGAAGACGACGGGCGGGUUCAGCUCGGUGCCGUACGUGGUGGCGCUCUUCAGCUGCUCGCUGCUCAUCUUCUACGCGCUGCUCAAGACGAAGUCCCCCCUCCUGCUCACCAUCAACAGCUUCGGCUGCUGCAUCGAGACCGUCUACAUCAUCGCCUACCUCGUCUACGCGCCGCCCCGCGCCAGGCUCAGGACGCUCGCCUACUUCUUCGUCCUCGACGUCGCCGCCUUCGGCCUCGUCCUCGUCGUCACCAUGUACGCCUUCGCGCCGGCCCACCGCGUCAAGUUCCUCGGCAGCGUCUGCCUCGCCUUCUCCAUGGCCGUCUUCGUCGCGCCGCUCUCCAUCAUCGUCAAGGUGAUCAAGACCAAGAGCGUGGAGUUCCUGCCCGUCGGCCUCUCCUUCUGCCUCGUCCUCAGCGCCGUCGCGUGGUUCUGCUACGGCCUCUUCACCAAGGACCCAUUCGUCAUGGUGCAGGUGAUCGAGCUGCCCGCGCACUCCGUCGCCAUCCUGUCCGUGGGCCCCGUCCCGAUCCUCGGCGUGCACAAGAUCGAGGUCAUGGCGGCAGAGCAGCAGACCGUCAUCGACGUCAAGGACGCCGCCGAGGCCGACCAGCCGGAGGUCAUCGAGAUCGUCCCCGCCCCCGCCGUGUGA